AGCCUUGGCAAGGGUAGAUGGGGGGUGAGGUGCAUGGGGGGAGGUCUGCCCACUGGGCCCUCCCAUCACCCUGCCUCCCCCACCCCAGGGCCCCCCACCCAGCCACAAAGCCAGUGGCACUUCCUCUACGCGCCUGGCAGACAGCCUGGCCCGGCCCCUUCUCUAAGGAAGCGCAUUUCCUGCCUCUCUGGGCCGGGCUGGAUGAGCUGAGCUCCCCUGCCGAGGACGGUCAGACCCCUACCUCCCUCUGCGUCCCGUCCCCAGGCCAGGACCGCUGCGGGCUGCUGUUCAAAAGAGCCCAGUGUCUCUUUUCCACCAUCCAGUCAGCUAGAGACCCCUGCCCUGCUGUGAGUCUCCAGCUCACUUCUCCUGACUUCUCAGCCGCCACCUCAGAAGGCUGGAGCAGGGACGUGGUCGCUCCGGCCGCCUGCUCCCUUCGGGUCCCCGUGCGAACCCACGCCGGCCCCGGCGCCCACCCGCAGCCCUGCCUCUGGACACCGGAUAAGGCCCAGCGCAGAGACUCCCGGGUGGACAGCAUGGACCGUGGCAUGCUCCCUCUGGCCAUUACCCUGCUGCUGGCCAUCUACAGCUUCGUGCCCACAAGUCUUGCAGAAAGGGUCUAUUGUAAUCUACAGCCUGUGGACCCCACAAGGGGUGAGGUGACAUACACCACCAGCCAGGUUUCCGAGGGCUGCACAGCUCAGGUUACCAACGCCACUCAUGAAGUCCACGUUCUCUUCCUGACUUUUCCCAAGGUGUCACAGCUGGAGCUGACUCUUCAGGCAUCCAAACAAAAUGGCACUGGGACCCGAGAGGUGUUCCUGGUCCUUGUUUCCAACGAAACUGUCUUGGUGAAGCUCCAGGCCCCGGAAAUCCCAUUGCACCUGGCCCGCGACCCCAACAAGACCAUCUUUCCAGACGAGCGAGAAGUCAGCAUCACACCAUUGCCGUCCCUUACCUCCAGGAAGCAGAUCCUUGACUGGGCAGCCAAAAGGAGCGCCAUCACCUCGGUGGCCGCACUGGAUAACCCCAAAAGCAUUGUCCUCCAGCUGGGCCAAGCCUCAAGUGCACCACCCUACUGCUUGGCAGAAGCCAAUCAUGACAUGGGCCUCACACUGGAAUGGCAGCCUUGGGACUCCCAAGUCCAAGGCUGCAGCUUUGAAGAGGAGAGCAGGCACCGCCACAAGGAGGCGUAUAUCCUGAGGAUCCUGCCAGGUUCCGCCGCCGCCGCCGCCAGGCCCCGCACAGUGACCGUGAAUGUGGAGCUGAGCUGUGCAUCUGGGGAUCCCGACGCCAUUCUCAUCCUGCAGGGCCCUCCGUAUGUGUCCUGGCUCAUCAAUGCCAACCACAACAUGCAGUUCUGGACCACAGGUGAAUACUCCAUCAAGAUCUUUCCAGAAAAGACCAUCAAAGGCUUCGUGCUCCCAGACACACCCCAAGGCCUGAUAGGGGAAGCCCGCAAGCUCAACGCCAGCAAAAUAGCCUCCUUUGCAGAGGUCUCCCUGGCCAGCGAAGUCUCCCUGAGGGCCUCCAGCUGUGGUGGUGUGCCACAGACCACACCUGCGCCAGUUCUGACCACACCUCCCAAGGACAGUUGCAACCCUGGGCUACUCAUGUCCCUGAUCCAACCAAAGUGUGGCAAUGACGUCAUGACUCUGACACUCAGUAAAAAACAUGUGCAGACUCUGCAGUGCGCCAUCACAGCCCUGACUUUCUGGGACCCCCGCUGCCAGGCUGAGGACAGCGAUGACCACCUCGUCUUGAGCAGCACCUACUCCAGCUGUGGCAUGAAAGUGACAGCGCAUGUGGUCAGCAAUGAGGUGAUCAUCAUUUUCCCAUCAGGCUCGCCACCGCUUCGGAAAAAGGUGCAGUGCGUCGACCUGGUCAGCUUCUCCUUCCAGCUGGGCCUCUACCUCAGCCCGCACUUCCUCCAGGAAUCCAGCACCAUAGAGCUGGGCCAGCAAGGCUUCGUUCAGGUGAGCAUGUCCCCAUCGACCUCUGAGGUCACAGUCCAGCUAGAUAGCUGCCAUCUGGAUUUGGGGCCUGAAGGGGACAUGGUGGAACUCAUCCAGAGCCGAGCAGCCAAGGGCAGCUGUGUGAGUUUGCUGUCCCCGAGCCCUGACGGUGACCCACGCUUCAGCUUCCUCCUCCGUGUCUACAUGGUGCCCACACCCACAGCUGGCACCCUCAGCUGCAAUGUAGCCCUGCAGCCCAGCACCUCGUCCCAGGAAGUCUACAAGACCGUCUCCAUGCGCCUGAACAUCGUUAGCCCUGACCUGUCUGGCAAAGGCCUCAUCCUGCCCUAUGUACUGGGCAUCACCUUUGGUGCCUUCCUCAUCGGGGCCCUGCUCACAGCUGCGCUCUGGUACAUCUAUUCUCACACACGUGAGUAUCCCAAGCCCCCAACCCACCCCUACAGUAGCACUCGGAGGCCCUCCACACCACCCCGGGGCAGGCUCAGAGAAGCCUCUGGGGAAGUGGGGAGCCCUGGCUGGGGCCCUGACCUCCACCCCUGCCCACGCCCCUCAGGUGCCCCCAGCAAGCGGGAGCCCGUGGUGGCGGUGGCGGCCCCGGCCUCCUCUGAGAGCAGCAGUACCAACCACAGCAUCGGGAGCACCCAGAGUACCCCCUGCUCCACCAGCAGCAUGGCAUAGUGCCCAGCCUGGAGCCUCGGGGGCCCCCCAGCCAGCCCUGGCCCCACGGCAGAGACCAGGCAGCCAGAAGCUGGGAACCACUGGCCGUGAACCAGUGCCCGGAGCCAAACGCCUCCACUCAGCAGAGGAUGGAGCAUGCCCUCUGCACCCACCCCUCACACCUCCCUCGCAGAGGCUUGCUGCCAGUGGAGACUCCAGCCCGGAGCACCCCGGGGUCUCCUCACCCCACUUUGCAGAACUCUCCAACCCAGGGGCUCUGGGAUACGGCUGCCCGGAUCUACAGAGAGACCCAGCACUGCCCUGUUCAUCCACAUUGCUGUAGAGGCUCAAGCAGCUGCCUUCCAGCUGGAUCCUGUGCUGGUGGACUGGGCAGGGUGGGAAGUGAGAACUCCGGACAUGCCAGCCCAGCCCAGCCCAGCCCAGAGCCACCCGCAUCUGGUCCUGGUGGCCUCCUCACCUGAACUGGCACAACUUUGGUGGGGGAAACAGAAGCUGAGGGGUGCUCAGCUCAGGGAGGGGCAUCUCAGAAGAGGCAAGAACAGUAGGGUGGGGGAACCCAGCCCCUCCCAGAAAUGCCACAGAGACCUCCUCCCAGCCCACCCACUGGGCGGGAAGCAGGAGAGGAGUGGCCAGACUGCCGGUCCUGGGCCAAGCCCUGUAAAUUCGCCAAUAAAUUAGACAUGAAACCAG